AGCCCGUUUAAACUAUUCUCGGAUCCGACUGCACGGAAACAACUUCACCUUUUUGCCUAAAAAAUGAAAAAUCUUUCUCAAAUUCUUUCCAAAUUAUCUUGAGCAAGCUCUCUCUUGGGUCGUCCUUUAAUCAAGCCAUCUCAGUCACUCUCUCUCUAACCAAACAAGAUAGACAAGAAAAGCCUUUUUUUUUUUUGGUGUUAGGCUGGUGCCUCUUUCUUUUCAUUGGAAGUGAAACGUUUGCUAGGUUUAUUGUCAAGGAUUUGCUUAUCUACAUGAAGAGUAGAAGGAUGAGUCAUGACAGUUUUGUUCAUACUGCAUUGAGUUGUGAUGACAUAAUGUGCAAUAUCCUCCUGCGUUUACCACCAGAAUCUAUUUCCAAGCUCAUUGUUGUAUCAAAGAGGUGGCUUCACUUGAUAUGCAGCUCUUCUUUUCGUCACAGUUACUUGAGUCGAUGGAAAGUGGGUUUUAACCUAUUAGGAUUUUUCGUUUGCAAUUCCUUGUACCUUGGAAGACCUCAAGGUGGUGCUCGUCGCCCCCAUUCUGAACCUGCUCUUCCAUUGCUGUCUACUAGUAGAGAGGGUGAUGAUAUAAAGUUUUCUGGGAUCCUAAAACAUCUUGGUUACUUCAUUGACUCUUCCAAUGGCCUUCUUCUUUGUGGUCGCCACCCAAAGGCCUAUUAUGUAUGGGAUCCUGUCACCAAGCAACAAAAUAAAUUGCCUCGUCCUCGGGUGUACUUUGAGGAGUUGUGCAUGGCUUUAAUUGUUGAAGACUCACCCGACAAUGAUAUCUGCUACAGGGUUAUUCGUGCAAAAUGUGAAAGCAGAUUUGAUGAAAUCAACAUUGUUACCAUUGAAACUUUCUCAUCAAAGACCAGUACAUGGAGUUAUUCCAAGCUUACAUGUUCUUCAACUAUAUCCCUAUCUCCUUGGACUUCGGCUACUGUGAUUGGAGGCAUCAUCCAUUGGUAUGCAGCCCAGGGGAAUGUAGCUAUUUAUGACCCGGAUCAUGAAGAGAAGCAUAUUGCUUUGGUUAAACUCCCUGGGACAUUUGAUUUUGAUGAGCAAGUCCUUGGGGAGUCGUCAGAUGGGUGUCUACAGUAUGGUUGGAGCUGUAAAGCAGGCCUGGAGAUAUGGGUUCUUGAAAAGGAUGUAGGUGGUUAUACAUCCUUAUUCUCAAGUAGCAAACAGUCGAAUGUUAAUUGGACCAAGAGAUAUAAGUUGAAUUUCAAAAUAAUGUGGAAGAAGAAUCCAACAGUUGCAACAAAACUUAUUACAAGGUCCAAAGAAACUGAAAUAUUGUCCUUUCUUCCUCAAAAUUCGGAAUCAGUCUUCAUUAGAUCUGGAUCAAACAUAUUUCUCUAUCACUUCAAGACCGAAAGGGUGGAAGUGGUUCAGUACCAAGGUCGUGGAUCUUCUAUCUUAUGGGAUUUUUCCAAAGUAGUACCCUACUUUAAACGAGCUUGGCCCCAUUCUGCCUUGUGUGGCAUUGGAAACAGCAGAACAUGAAUUGUACGCUGUGUCCAUUGAAGUUUGGAACUAUUUGUAACGUGAUACUUUGCAGGCACUAUUUUUUGUAGUUGACCUAUGGGAUUCAAAUGUGAUGUGUAGUUAGAUUAUACCAGGAUAAUUCUCUUUUUUCCUGUUCAUGAUGUAUAUAUUUGAUCAAUUGAGUAGCGGUGUUUAACCUUUUACUUGUAUCUGGAAGCCAUAGGACAGCACAGGUUGAGAACAGCUCGGUCAUCCAUGCCUCUAUCUAUGGCUUUGUGUCUCCUCUAGAUUAAACUCUGUUCCUAGUAGAUUUUUUGCUGGUAUUUGCUCUGUCUUUACAGUAACAACUAGAAAAGAACUAGGGAUCACUAAACCCCAGUGUUUAUACUUCAGAUUUUCAUCUUUUAGAUUACACAU